AUGGCAGGACCAGACGCAAAUGGUGAUGUUUCACAAGUAAACGAUAUCGAAAACAUUCUAGCUUUAAAUCCAACAGUCAACAAGUUUGCUACUUUUAAGCCAACUGCUGUCUCCAAGAAAGAUAAAGCUCACUGGAAGAAAAAUGAUAGAUGUAAAACUGCAUGCGAUUUAAAAAAUGAUUUUAGUGAUGUUAAACCAACAACAUUGACAGAGAGAGGAGCAUUGUUUGAAUCAUCUAGAUGUUUAAAGUGUGCCGAUGCACCAUGUCAAAAGAGUUGUCCCACACAAUUGGAUGUCAAGUCGUUUAUUUCGAGCAUUGCCACGAAAAAUUACUAUGGUGCCGCCAAGGCCAUCUUUUCCGACAAUCCAUUGGGUCUCACCUGUGGUAUGGUGUGUCCAGUGAGCAACUUGUGCGAGGGUGGCUGUAACCUUGCCUCGACCGAGGAGGGUGCCAUCAAGAUUGGUGGUCUCCAACAAUUUGCCACCGAGCAAUUUAAAAAGAUGAAUGUUGCUCAGAUUCGUGACCCAUCGCUCACACCAAUCGACAAACUACCAGAGAGUUACUUGGCCAAGAUUGCUUUGGUUGGGUGUGGACCCACCUCUAUCUCUUGUGCCACCUUUUUGGCACGUCUUGGAUACACCAACGUGACAGUCUUUGAAAAGGAGCAGUACAGCGGUGGUUUGUCAUCGAGCGAGAUUCCACAGUACCGUUUGGCCUAUGAUGCCGUCGACUUUGAAGUCAAACUCAUGAAAGAUCUCGGUGUCAAGGUUGUCUAUGGCAAGGCACUCGGUGUCGACUUUACCAUCGACUCUCUUAAAAGCAAGGAUGGUUUCGAUGCUGUCUAUCUUGGUAUUGGUAUGCCUGAAGCCAAGGUUGACUCUGUCUUUGAUGGUUUGACCGUCAAGGAUGGGUUCUAUACUUCGAAAGACUACUUGCCACUCGUGUCAAAGGGUAGCAAGCCUGGAUUGUGCGGUUGCAAGAGUGCAUUGCCCGAGUUGCAUGGACGUGUCAUUGUGCUCGGUGCCGGAGACACUGCCUUUGAUUGUGCCACCUCUGCCUACCGUUGUGGAGCGUCGCGUGUGACUGUUGCAUUCCGUCGUGCCUUUACCGACAUGCGUGCUGUCCCCGAAGAGGUCGAUAUUGCCAAGGACGAGCGUUGCGAGUUUUUGCCAUACGUCUUGCCCAAGCAAGUCAUCAAGCGUGACGGCAAGGUCGUUGCCCUCGAGUUUUACAAGACUGAAAAGGACGACUCGGGCAACUAUGGCAUCGACGAAGACCAGUUCUUUAGAGUCAAGUGCGACUAUAUCAUCUCUGCAUUUGGCAGUCAGGUCGGCGACGAGUUGAUGACCGCCUGCAAACCACUCGCUUUCAACAAGUGGGGAUUGGCCGAUAUCGACGUCAUGUCGGGUCAAUCCAAACAGGCUGAAUGGUUGUUUGCCGGUGGUGAUUUGAUUGGCAACGGUACCACCGUCGAAGCUGUCAAUGACGGCAAGACUGCAUCGUGGGCUAUCCACAAAUACCUCCAAUCUUUGCACGGUAUUCCCAUCCCCGACACACCUCAAUUGCCCAACUUUUUCACGGCCAUUGAUCAGGUUGACAUUUCCGUCGACUUUUGUGGCGUCAAGUUUGAGAACCCAUUCGGUCUUGCUUCGGCCACACCAUGCACUUCAGCAUCGAUGAUUCGUCGUUCGUUUGAGCAAGGGUGGGGGUUCGCCGUCACCAAGACAUUCUCGCUCGACAAGGAUCUCGUCACCAAUGUCUCACCACGUAUCGUGCGUGGCACCACAUCUGGCCACCACUUUGGACCGGGUCAAGGCGCCUUCCUCAACAUUGAACUCAUCUCUGAAAAGACCUGUCAUUACUGGUGCAAGUCGGUUACUGAACUCAAGCGUGACUUCCCCGAGAAGGUCGUGAUCGCAUCGAUCAUGUGCGGUUUCAACAAGGAGGACUGGCAGCAGUUGGCCGUGAUGGCCGAGGCCUCGGGCGCCGACAUGCUCGAGCUCAACUUGUCGUGUCCACAUGGUAUGGGUGAGCGUGGUAUGGGUUUGGCCUGCGGACAGAAUCCAGAACUCGUCUUGCAUAUUUGCAAGUGGGUGCGUGAGGCUAUCAAGAUCCCAUUCUUUGCCAAGCUCACUCCCAACGUCACCGAAGUCAAGGAGAUUGCUUUGGCUGCCUACAAUGGAGGUGCUACCGGUGUCACAGCCAUCAACACUGUCUCUGGUCUCAUGGGUCUCAAGGGCGACAGCAACGCAUGGCCCGCCGUAGGCUCCGAGAAGCGUACUACCUACGGUGGUGUCUCUGGUAACGCCACACGUCCCAUGGCACUCCGUGCCGUCUCAUCUAUCCGUCGCGCACUCCCCGACUACCCCAUCAUGGCCACCGGUGGCGCCGACUCGGCCGACACCUGUAUCCAGUUCCUCCACUGCGGUGCAUCGGUCAUCCAAAUCUGCUCGGCCGUCCAAAACCAAGACUUUACCGUCGUCCAAGACUACAUCACCGGGCUCAAGACCUACCUCUACAUGCAGUCGCGCGAAGAUCUCCUCCAAUGGGACGGACAGUCAGCCCCCACCUCUGUCACCAAGCCCAAGGAGCGUGUCUCUCUCGUCAACGCCCCACACUUUGGUCAAUACCAAAAGGAGCGUAACAGACUCGACACCGAGUCGCGCAAGUCUGGUGAAGACCUCCUCGUCCACGCCGAACCCCUCCCAAGCCAACGUACCGACACACCAGUCCAAGGCAAGGUUCCCUCUGUGCAAGACCAGAUCAACCGUGCCAUCCCAAGAAUCGGUGUCUACAACGACCUCAGCAACAAGGAGCAAGUAGUAGCCCUCGUCGACGAAGACCUCUGUAUCAACUGUGGCAAGUGCUACAUGACCUGUAACGACUCUGGUUACACUGCCAUUAAAUUCGACGCCAAGACUCAUAUCCCAUUGGUCACCGAUCUCUGUACCGGUUGUGAUCUCUGUCUCUCUGUUUGUCCCAUUCCAGAUUGUAUUACAAUGGUUCCAAGAACUAUUCCAUAUGUACCAAAUAGAGGUUUAGUUGUUUAA